AUGUCAGCUCCAUUAGAUUCAUCAAAGCUAGAAAUAACCAAAACUACUAGUCCCAAGGACCCUUUGCCCAAUUCCGAAUUGAAAUUUGGUCAAUCAUUUACUGACUACAUUUUGGAAAUUGACUGGUCAGCCGAUUAUGGAUGGCAUACACCUACUAUUAAGCCAUACCACAGUUUCACAAUGGACCCAGCCACUUGUGUAUUGCACUAUUCAUUUGAGUUGUUUGAGGGUUUGAAAGCGUACCGCGAUUCAAAGGGGCAAAUUCGUACAUUUAGACCCGAUAAGAACAUGGAGAGGAUGAAUAGAUCAGCCAAACGUGCUUCAUUGCCUACGUUUGAUGGUGAAGAGUUUUUGAAAUUGGUUGAUAAGUUUUUGCUUUUGGAAGAGAAGUUUGUACCACAGGGUAAAGGAUAUUCCUUGUACUUGAGACCAACUUUAAUUGGUACUUCAGUAGGAUUAGGGGUUUCUGCACCAACAAAUGCUAAAUUGUACCUUAUUGCUUCGCCAGUGGGACCAUAUUUUGGAUCAGGAUUCAAGCCAGUUUCAUUGGAAGCUACUGAUUACGCUGUGCGUGCUUGGCCCAAGGGUGUGGGUUCGUAUAAAUUGGGAGCCAAUUACGUUUCCUGUAUCGAGCCCCAAACUGAAGCCGCCAAAAGGGGCCAUUCGCAGAACUUGUGGUUGUUUGGUGACGAUGGAGAGAUUACUGAAGUUGGUGCCAUGAAUGUAUUUUUUGCCCUCAAGACGGAUGAUGGCAAGAAUGAGUUAGUUACUCCGCCAUUGGCAGGCAUGAUCUUGCCAGGUGUCACUCGUGAUUCGACCUUGGAGUUGGUUAGAGCCAAGUUAGCAAGUGGUGGUGAUGACUGGAUCGUCAAUGAGCGUAAGUUGACCAUUCAUGAAGUUCAAGAAAAGGCCAAACAAGGUAAAUUGAUCGAGGCCUUCGGUACUGGAACUGCCGCCAUUGUUGCUCCUAUCAACAAUAUUGAAUAUCAAGGUGAGCUGAUUGUUGUGCCUACUGUUGCUGGUGGCAGUGGUGAAGUUGCUGCAAAGGUUAAUGAAUGGAUUCAAGAUAUCCAAUAUGGUGAUGAAGAGUUUAAGAACUGGUCAAGAGUUGCAAAGUGA